UUGUUUACCACUCCUAAAAUUUGAAAAACUCGCCUUUCCGUUAAAUUGGCCCACUAAGUCAUAAUUAGCCCGAUCACCAAAUUCACUUGCCCGACCCGACUCUUAUCCCCACUCAAUCUAACCCCAUUUCUCUUUCUCUUGUUCCAAUUUCAAAAUCUCUCUAAUGCCACCGGUCUCUGCCGUUCUAUAAAAUUUCUUCAAAAAAUCAAUUUUUUUUAGAAUCCACUAAAAGAACCCGACCGGGUGGCCCGAAAUGGCGGCAUAUAGAGCGGACGACGACUACGAUUACUUGUUCAAGGUGGUCUUGAUCGGAGAUUCGGGUGUUGGGAAAUCGAAUUUGUUGUCGAGAUUUACGAGGAACGAGUUCAGCCUUGAAUCCAAAUCUACAAUCGGAGUCGAAUUUGCCACCCGAAGUAUUCGGGUCGAUGAUAAGAUCGUUAAGGCCCAGAUUUGGGACACCGCUGGACAAGAAAGAUACCGGGCAAUUACAAGUGCAUACUACCGAGGAGCUGUUGGUGCAUUGCUUGUCUAUGAUGUCACUCGACAUGUCACAUUUGAGAAUGUUGAGAGAUGGUUGAAGGAACUACGAGAUCACACAGAUUCCAAUAUUGUAAUUAUGCUUGUCGGUAACAAGGCGGACCUGCGACACUUGCGUGCUGUUUCCACUGAGGAUGCUAAGGCCUUUGCCGAGAGAGAAAAUACCUUCUUUAUGGAGACAUCUGCCCUUGAGUCCAUGAAUGUUGAGAAUGCAUUCACUGAAGUGCUAAGUCAAAUAUAUCAUGUGGUUAGUCGAAAAGCACUUGAAGUAGGGGAUGAUCCUGCAGCAUUGCCCAAGGGACAAACCAUCAAUGUUGGAACCAAGGAUGAUGUUUCUGCCAUCAAGAAAGUUGGCUGCUGUUCUGCUUAAACAUUAGAUGAUUUUGGGUCUCCACAUUUCCUGUAUUUUUCAUCUCGUUAAGCACAAGACCUUCCUCAUUGUGUUAUGGUCCUUGCGCUUCCCAAAAGUUGAGGUUGAAGUCAAAGAAAACGUAGCGAUCCCAUCCCAAAAUUCCCUGUUUCAUUUGAUUUCGGUUCUUUUCCAUGGUUCUUUUAGGUUACUUUUCUUCGUCGUGUAAUGUUCCAUUUCAUAGGUUUGAUAGUGUUUGUUGUAUUUGAUUGCUUUAGAAUAUAAUACAUAGUUUGUUCAGACAGAUCUGGUUUUAUAUUUUUAAAUGAUUUUGAUUACCUGUGGAUGAUAAAUUUUGAAUUAGCUAUGAUAAUAUGUUUCCUUCAUAGGUGACUUUGAAUUUAUAUGGAGUGAAUGUUGUAAUUAUUA